UCUCCUUGCUUCUCUCCCUUUCCACCCUUUCUUCUGGCCUGUAGUGGUUUGUAAAACUCACCACAGCACCUCCACAGGGCUUGUGAAAACCAAUGGAGCAAAUUUGUCUUCCCCCUUGGUGAUUACAAAUAGCAGUGAGAAAAGGAGCUGCAGCAGCCCCGGGAGCGGGGAUCUUGAAGUGGCACUCCAGACCUCCCUCCUGCACUGGGGGUGGCCCCUGGGCUGCUGCUGUGAAGAGGGUGGCAGGGUGGGCCGCACUGCCUGCCACACACGCCUUUCACUUUGUUCUUAAAGCUAGGGUGGAAAUUCUAUGAUGCAGAUGACUAUCACCCAGAGGAAAAUCGAGUGAAGAUGGGAAAAGGGAUUCCACUGAAUGACCAGGACAGGAUCCCAUGGCUUUGCAACUUGCAUGACAUUUUAGUAAGAGAUGUAGCCUCGGGACAGCAUGUGGUCCUAGCCUGCUCAGCUCUGAAGAAAGUGUACAGAGACAUCUUAAUCCGAGGAAAGGAUGGUGCACCUCCCAAGUGUGAUGAGCCAGGGAAGGAAGGAAAGCCAGCGGAGGUGAAGCUCCUUGUGGUCUAUCUGAGCGGGUCAUUUGAGGUCAUCUCUGAACGCUUACGCAAAAGAAAAGGGCAUUUUAUGCCCCCCGAGUUAUUGCAGUCCCAGUUCGAUACUCUGGAACCUCCAUCAGCUCCAGAAAAUUUUAUCCAAAUCAGUGUGGACAAAAGUCUUUCAGAGAUCAUUGCUAUAAUUAGAGAAGCUCUAAAAUGAAAUGUAAGUCGUUUCCUAUCCGUGGUCCAGACAGAAUUAGGCAUAAAUUUCUAUCCUAUCCCCGACCAAGUCCAGCAUCCUUGUUGGUACUGUAUUCUGAAUUCUAAUUAAGGUGAACAAACCACGAUGUUGAGA